CCAAAGUGCUGAUUACCGCGGACGCAGCAUUUACGCGCAGCUGACGCUAAAGUGGAUUUACUGAACACCUGCAUGGGGAAACCGUGAGGGUUUAUUCCGUUUUUCUGUCUUCUGCUGGGAACCAACUGGCAACUGGAAUGGAACUGAAUCUGUCGAAGAAUGUGAUUUCUUGUGGGGAAUCUGGUGGGAUGAAUUUGGACAGAAUUGCAGAGGCAGUGAGAGCACCGCCGCCCCGCGACGUGGCCCCCGCGUUUCAUUUACAGAGAACUUCAAACAGCAGUCGAGAAACUGUAGAGAACUCAAGCAGCGAGUCUUCAGACACAGAGUUGGCAGAAAAGGAAAGAAACGCUGAACACAGGAGCGAUGACGGAAACGCGGACGACCCCAAGAAGAAAAAACAGCGGCGGCAGCGGACUCACUUCACCAGCCAGCAGCUGCAGGAGCUGGAAGCCACGUUCCAGAGGAAUCGCUACCCUGACAUGAGCACCAGGGAGGAGAUCGCCGUAUGGACCAACCUGACCGAGGCGAGAGUCCGGGUGUGGUUCAAAAACCGCCGGGCUAAGUGGAGGAAGCGGGAGCGGAACCAGCAGAUGGACCUGUGCAAGAACAGCUACCUGCCCCAGUUCAGCGGUCUCAUGCAGCCUUACGACGACAUGUACCCGGCUUAUACCUACAACAACUGGACCAACAAGGGCCUCACUCCGGCACCGCUGUCCACCAAGAACUUC